AUGCCUCCCAACAAACCCUCCUCCGACCUCCCCUCCCUCAUCGACCUCACCACCUCCACCUCCACCCUCCUCACCCACUUCCACGCCUCCCUCGCUCCCCCUCCCACCGUCACCUCCUCCUCCUCCCCCCACCCAGCCACAACAACUUCGACGACAACCCCAGUCACCCCCAGCACACCCACCCCCCUCGCCCUCCUCGCCGACACCGCCGCCCUCCUCAAAGCCCACACCACCAAGCUCUCCCUCCUCCUCCUCAACGACCCCUUCACCCCCUCCGCCAUCGCCUCCGUCCUCCGCGAUAUGGCCGACCGCGUCGUGCCCGCCAUGAUGGCCGGGGCCGAGGCUGUCUCUGGCCAGCAACAGCAGUCGUCGUUUUUGUUCCCGGCGGUGGUGGUGAGGGAGGUGCGGGCUAGGGUGCGGAGGAUCGUGGGGGCGGUGGCGGAGGAGGUGGGGGAGGUGAGGGGGAGGGCUGUGGCGGAGGCCGAGGCCAAGGCCAAGGCGGAGGGGGGGAAGGGGAAGAAGGGGAAGGUGGAGGGGAAUGGAGGGAGGGGCGCGUUGAGUAGUACGGGGUUGGUGUGGGAGGCGUGCGAUGCGUUGGUUGAGGUGAAGGAGAAGGGGGUGGUGGGGGUGGUGGUGGGGCAGGUGGAGGGGUGGAGGGGGAUGGUGGUGGAUGCGGUGGAGGAGUUGAAGGAGUGGGGGGAGGAGGGGGAGGACGAAGACGAUGAUGAGGAGGAUGGUCUGGAUGGGAGUGGGGAUGAGGACGAGGACGACAUCUUUGGCGGGGGCGGCGGUGGGGAUAAGCUGGGCAAGGGCAACGAGGAGCUGCGGGCGCAGCUGGACGCCACGCUCAAGAAGGUCAAGACCAUCACCGUGCUGUACCAGGCGCUGGUCAAGCGCAGGCUGAAGACGUAUCCCGCCGGCGGCAGCGAUGCGAGCGCCGUGGAGACGCUGGACCGGCUGCUGGACAUCCUGCAGCGCAUCCCGGACUCGGUCGACGACAUGGCGAGCGCGUACUACGACCUCGACGGCGAAGAGGCGAAGAAGGCCUUCGCCAAGAUCAGCGCCGACGCGGUCCGCGCCUCCGACUUGGUCAAGCAGAGCUGGGACGGCAAGGACGACGAAUUCACGACCUGGGCGGGCAGAUUUCAGGACGCCAUCAAAGCAUGA